AUGAUUGGAAAAUCUUCAAAGGUAAAACAACAACACAUUGUUACAUUCAUGACACCACCUACUCCAUACCAACAAUCAGGAAUCAUCGAUAAUAGUUUCCGUGUAACUAGUUGGUCCGAUGAAACAAAGGUUUUAUCGGGUACAAUUGAUGUUAUCUUUAAAUCAAACUUUGAAUUGGGUAAAUCAUAUUUAGCGAUCAACAUUUAUGACAGGAAUAACCCAUUCUCGGACCACCAGACCCGCGAGAAUACAAUCUAUAGAACAAUUGUAGACUGUGGCGUCAAAGAAAAGCUUGUCACUGUAUCAUUUACAGUAACUCUUUCUCGAGAUGCUCGUGUCACCCUUCAAGUCUCACUUGGAAUGUAUUGUUCACCAAGCCACUUUGAUUUAGGUAUCGAUGAAUCUUCUGGUGAAUCAACAAUCACUUGA